AUGGCCAAUCGAGAUAUACCACCGCCUUCGCAGGAUGACUUUGUUUCCCUUGUUUCACGCUCCAAUCCAGCCUCUCGACAAUACCAAACAGGGACCGGAGGGGCAUAUGCGCAAGCUGGAACCUAUCCGCCACCUCAAAAUGCCGUAUCUCCAGGCACUGCACAGCCCAUGGACCCAUUCUUUGACGACGACGAAGAUGACGCGAACCCGUUCGGAGAUGGGCGCGGAAACCCGUUUGGUGACAAGUAUGCUGCGCCCGGAAAUUCAACCGGAAAUGCCACUUCAACCGUAGCGUUGGGGAAAGACGGCAUGCCUCCCGGUUGGGCCUUUGAUGACGACGAACCGGUAAAUCAGCCUGCGACGUCCCGCUCCGCGCCAGCUUCAAGCUCUGGAGGACUCAAGGGCGCAAUGAAGAAGACCGGAGGAGGGUGGAAAUGGCCGUGGGCAAAGGAAAAGGUCUACGAGGGCGAAAGGCAGGUAUGGCUUAACGACCAGGCACGUAACAUUGGCGAAGGCUACCCCAACAACUACGUGAGCACAAGCAAGUACAACCUUGCGACCUUUAUUCCGAAAUUCUUGGUCGAGCAAUUCUCGAAAUAUGCCAACUUGUUCUUCCUGUUUACCGCGUUCAUCCAACAAGUGCCUGGUGUCAGUCCUACCAACCGAUACACGACCAUUGCACCCCUGUCCCUUGUUUUGCUUGCUAGUGCCUUCAAGGAAAUUUCGGAAGACCUGAAACGACACCAAUCAGAUUCUGAACUCAACUCGCGCACAUGCCAAGUUCUCGACCCCAACACUGUAUCGUUUGUACCCAGGGCAUGGAAAGAUGUUCGUGUAGGCGACCUGAUUCGACUCGAAAGCGAUGACUUCAUUCCGGCAGAUAUGAUUUUGAUAUCUAGUUCGGAACCGGAGGGACUGAGUUACAUUGAGACGAGUAAUCUUGACGGUGAAACCAACCUCAAAAUUAAGCAAGCAUCCCAUCAAACAGCACACCUUACUAGCGCCGCCGCGUUUGCUCGACUGGCAGGACAUCUGCGAUCCGAACAGCCAAACAACUCGCUCUAUACGUACGAAGGCACACUUGAACUCAGUGGCCAGAAGAUUCCAAUGAGUCCGGAUCAGCUACUGUUGCGCGGUGCCCAAAUGCGCAACACCCCUUGGUGCUAUGGAUUGGUCGUAUUUACCGGCCAUGAAACGAAGCUGAUGAGGAACGCUACGGCUGCCCCUAUCAAACGGACUGCAGUUGAGCGACAAGUGAAUGUUCAAAUCGUGUUCCUGUUCAUUGUUUUGCUCGCUUUGUCUCUUUCGUCGACUAUUGGAAGCAGCAUUCGUCAAUGGUUCUUUGCGAAAAACCAGUGGUAUUUGCUUAGUGCUGAAUUGACCGGUAAUAGGGCGAAAGGAUUCAUUGAAGACAUCCUAACAUUCGUUAUUCUCUACAACAACUUGAUUCCUAUCUCUUUGAUCGUCACGAUGGAAGUUGUCAAAUAUCAACAAGCCCAGCUGAUCAACUCGGACCUGGAUAUGUACUAUGCCAAGACUGAUACCCCUGCUCUCUGCCGCACGUCUUCCCUAGUCGAAGAGCUUGGCCAAAUCGAAUACAUAUUCUCGGACAAGACUGGGACCCUCACCCGCAACGAAAUGGAAUUCCGUCAGGCUUCCAUAGCUGGUGUCGCUUACGCAGACAUUGUGGAUGAAAGCAAGCGUGGGGAAGUCGACGAAAAUGGACAAGUGACUGGCGGCCAACGAACCUUUGCUGAACUACGUAAACUAGAACGCGCCGAGGGGCUGACUGGGGGGAUGAGCGCCGGCGGGAGCGGAGGGAGCGGCGGAGGCAAGGAAGUAUACGUUGUACGAGAAUUCCUUAGCCUAUUGGCUGUUUGCCAUACCGUUAUCCCGGAAAUGAAGGGUGAAAAGCUGGUAUAUCAGGCUAGUAGCCCAGACGAGGCUGCGUUGGUCGCCGGCGCAGAGCUAUUAGGAUAUAAAUUCUACCAACGCAAGCCGAAAUCUGUCUUUGUUGAGAUCGCCGGCGUGUCGCAGCAGUUUGACAUCCUUAAUGUGUGCGAAUUCAAUUCUACUCGCAAACGGAUGUCAACAGUUGUUCGUGGACCUGAUGGGAAAAUCAAGUUGUACUGCAAGGGCGCCGAUACGGUCAUUCUUGAGCGGUUAAGCAAGAACCAGCCGUACACCGAACAAACGCUAGUCCAUCUCGAGGAUUAUGCAACAGAGGGGCUCCGCACGCUUUGUUUGGCUAUGCGUGAGAUCCCCGAGGCAGAGUACCAGCAAUGGUCGGUGCUCUACGACCAAGCUGCUGCGACGAUCAAUGGGCGCGGAGAUGCACUCGACAAGGCCGCGGAGAUUAUCGAGAAAGAGAUGUUCUUGCUCGGCGCAACUGCUAUUGAGGACAAGCUGCAAGAAGGCGUCCCGGAAACUAUUCAUACACUCCAAAUGGCUGGUAUCAAGGUUUGGGUUCUCACCGGCGAUCGACAAGAAACUGCAAUCAAUAUUGGAAUGUCUUGCCGCCUAAUCUCAGAAUCAAUGAACCUCGUGAUUAUCAACGAGGAAAAUGCGCAUGAUACUCAGGAGUUCAUUACCAAACGUCUAAACGCUAUCAAAAACCAACGCAAAUCAGGCGAACUUGAAGAUCUCGCGCUCGUGAUUGACGGUAAAAGUUUAACUUGGGCGCUUGAGAAAGAGAUAUCGAAAACCUUCUUGGAGCUCGCUAUCCUGUGCAAAGCUGUUGUAUGCUGCCGUGUAUCGCCACUCCAAAAGGCUUUGGUUGUCAAACUUGUCAAGAAAAACCAAAAGUCCAUCCUGCUCGCAAUUGGAGAUGGCGCGAACGACGUUAGCAUGAUCCAGGCUGCUCAUGUGGGGAUUGGUAUUUCUGGAGUCGAGGGUCUCCAAGCUGCUAGGUCGGCCGAUGUAGCAAUUUCACAGUUCCGCUAUCUUAAGAAACUGUUGCUUGUACAUGGUUCAUGGAGUUACCAAAGAUUGUCGAAGCUCAUUCUGUAUUCCUUUUACAAGAAUAUUGUGUUGUACAUGACCCAGUUCUGGUACUCGUUCUUUAACAAUUUCUCUGGCCAAAUCGCCUACGAAUCCUGGACACUCUCAUUCUACAACGUUAUCUUCACUGUCUUACCCCCUCUCGUCAUCGGUGUAUUCGAUCAAUUCGUAUCGGCGCGUAUGCUUGAUCGAUACCCACAGUUGUACAUGCUUGGUCAACAAAAUGCUUUCUUCACCCCCACGAGCUUCUGGCUUUGGUUUGCCAACGCGAUUUAUCACAGCUUGGUGUUGUAUGGUUUCUCAAUCAUUCUGUUCUGGGGCGACUUGAAACAAACAGAUGGGCUUGACACUGGUCAUUGGUUCUGGGGUACUACCCUUUACCUUGCCGUCUUGUUGACAGUCCUUGGCAAAGCAGCCUUGGUCUCUGAUUUGUGGACCAAGUACACUGUCGCUGCCAUUCCUGGAUCGUUCAUUUUUACGAUGAUAUUCUUACCUCUGUAUGCUCUGGCGGCACCGGCCAUUGGGUUCUCGACCGAAUACGCUGGGAUCGUGCCUCGUCUGUGGGAGAAUGGAGUGUUUUACCUUACACUUCUCCUUCUUCCUGUGGUUUGUCUCAUCCGUGAUUACGUAUGGAAAUACUACCGUCGCACCUACAGUCCUGCAUCGUAUCACAUCGCUCAGGAGCUCCAGAAAUAUAAUAUUCCGGACUACCGUCCUCGCCAGGAGCAAUUCCAGAAGGCUAUCAAGAAAGUUCGUGCUGUUCAAAGAAUGCGAAGGAACCGCGGGUUUGCGUUCAGUCAAACCGAAGACGGUGGGAAGCAAGACCAAGCGAGACUCAUUCGUGCGUACGAUACCUCGCAGUCGCAUGCACGUCCAUCCGGACUUUAG